CUGGGGAGGCAGCGGCGCAGGUCUGGAGUUGUCUCACUGCGUAGGGACCGAUCCCCUGGGCCCCGCUGGGCCCUGGAGGUCCGGGGGGCCCUGCAAGAUGAAGAGGGUCCGCACGGUCUUCAAACCAGAGCAGCUGGAGCGGCUGGAGCAGGAGUUCCUCAAGCAGCAGUACAUGGUGGGCACGGAGCGAGUCGACCUGGCUGCAACUCUGCAUCUCACGGAGACUCAGGUGAAGGUCUGGUUCCAGAACCGGAGGAUCAAAUGGAGGAAGCAGAGCAUGGAGCAGAAGAAGGCAAAGCUGGCGCAGUUUGGGGUGAUGCAGCCUGCCUCCGCAGACUCGACGGACGUCAAGGACAAUGAGGAGGACACAGUGGACGUUGAGCUUUGAGCAGCUGAUGGGAUUCCGCUGCCACUCUUGUUUUUGCAGAUGUGCCUGCAUGAUGGAGGUGUACUGGGGGUGCAAGCACUUCAGUGCUUGCUUGGUCCAAGGUAGACUUAAACCUCUCAAUCUGAGAGAACUGCAGCUGGCUGGGAGGAGCCCCCCAAGUGCAGAGACCCCUCUUUGGUAGCCACGUACCAUCGUUCCUGGGGUUCAUCACCAGGCCAGCUGCAAUGAUGGUGCCAUCGUUGUGGCAAGGUGUGUGAUCUCGUUUGCUGUUGAAGUGCCAGGGAGCACAAACAUUUUUCUGUAGAGAGGCUGGGUGAAAAUCAGGUGGUGUCUGUGAAGGCUGUGAGCGUGAGGGCAUUUGAACACAGGGUGUUGCAGGUGACCGUGUGCUCCUAAGAGGGAAACCUGUGCUGGGAGGAGAAUCAGCCCUGGUUGUUUCUCCUGGACAUCUUGAUUCCCAUGUUUGAUACUGAGAUCACAACAAAAAAAAAGUGAAAGUUGUAAAGUCCUUUGCUCCCACCCGUAGUAUCUUUAUUCUUGUCAUAAUCGUAUUUAUGCUCAUAUAUUAUCCUUGCAGUAUGAUGAACAGGGUCUGGGCCUGCCCCUGGAGCAGAGGUGCCUCCUGUCCUGUGCCUUGCUGUAUUUUGCCUUCGUUUUGCCUUCCAAACCCCUGUGGGUCUCUCAGCCUUCCGACACUGCCUUACUCUCCACAGUGUGUGCAUGCUGCCGCAGCAGGGAAUAAGGGGCUCCUCCGGCUUGCUGAGGUGCGGGGAUUGGGGCUGUUAUAAAACAGCAGCUUUCCAACACCUCUGCUGGUUCAGACGGCCCCCUGCCCCUCGGCCAGAUGUGCUGAUCCCGGCCCAGACGGCAGCUGCUCUCUUCUCUCCUCGUUAUACACCACGGUGCUGCGGGAAGCAGCACCUGGAGCGCUUGGCGAGCACAUCUGUAACCACACGCUGUUCUAUGGUGGGUGGAAGGGCUCUGAGGGGCUGGGACUAAAUAAUUGUUUGGGCUUUCCCGUCUGUUUUAGUAAUUCUUUGGGGCUGGUGUCCACACCAGCAGCAGCUAAGCACGCUGGCUGUCACCUUGCAGUCCCAGGGUGCUGCGAGCUCAGGAUAAUUCAUUGUGCCUCCUCCUGACCCACAACACUGUAUAUCACUUUACUCUUAUAUUGUUAUUUAUAGAAAUAAGGUUUUUUUUUCUUGGUGUUAUUUAUUUGAUUUGUUUCUUAAUAAAAAUAGCGUAUUUUAAAAAAGAAACGGGACUGGGUGGGGUUGGCAGGGUUUGGCAUCACCUUGGUUUCUAGGUGGGCAACGAUGCCUUGGUGGCUUCUUGCCCCACAGCUGCCGAGGAUGGGCUAUCCAUCCUUUUUGUUGUGCUUGGUUUUCUGUGUUUCCCAGGAAAUUGAUUUAAAAAAAAAAAUAAAAAUGAAAACCUCCUAAUAAGACUCCUGUUGUCAAAAAGUAACAGCUGCUUUCAAACAGCAGAAGACAUCAAAAUGUGCUUUCUUCUGACCCAUUCUCAUUCUCAUGACAUGCCAAUACAAACACAAGCAUUUCCCCCUCACACGCUUGUGUGUUUGCUGGUAAACCUGUGCACUGACAUCGGCUUGAAUACUUGGAGUUGAGCAAGGGCAGCUUUUAAACUGAUGAGCUGAAAUUUAACCUGUGAGUAAGCGUCAGAAAGCAGGGCGGAAACAUAUUUCCAACCACUUGAAUUUUCAUGUGG